CGAGACGACCUCGCUCUUCGCUUCCGGGUCAACGCAGGAUUCUCAUAACAAGCUAUCAGGCUAGGAGCUAGAGCAGUGUGUAGCCUCAUCCUCCGCCACUAAACGGACUACUUUCUCCUCCAGUCCUCCCAUCAUGUCGGACACGGAGACUAAACCGUCCAGCCACGACGGAGACGGAGGGGAUAAGAAGGAGGGAGAUUACAUCAAGCUGAAAGUCAUCGGACAGGACAACAGUGAAAUCCACUUCAAGGUGAAGAUGACCACGCAUCUAAAGAAGCUCAAGGAAUCCUACAGCCAGAGACAGGGAGUCCCUAUGAACACGCUACGGUUCCUCUUCGAAGGCCAGAGGAUCACAGACAACCAGACUCCUAAAGAGCUGGGGAUGGAAGAUGAAGACGUGAUUGAAGUGUAUCAAGAACAGACGGGCGGACUUUGUAACAACUGAAACCUCCACAGCAUAUUCAUAUUUUUUAUUUUAUUCUUUAUAUUUUUUAUUUUAGUGUUUGUUUUAUAUGGUUAUCUUACCCUUUCCUCUCAUUUCAAACCAUCUGGAUCCAAUGUGACGAGGCUAGGGGUGAAUUAAAGAAAAAGGAUGAAUUAAUUCAUUCGUUCAUUGGUUCAUCUCAGCUCCUGGACCUCGUAGAUUCAUCACCCUUUCAUUCGGCCUUCUGGAAUCAGAGGAGACAUCAGAAACAAAGUGAUAUUCUGGCCUCAUGAUCAUUGAGUUUCAACAUUAAAAAGCGGAAUGCACGGAGUCGGCCUCCAGCGCUGCCUGGCUCAGAGGCCCUAGGGCAGAGGGCUUCGCCCCCACGGCUUACCUCACAGCGCUGAUCAUGUUCCUACUACAUCCCAACUCAACCUCCCCUCACCAGAGACAAUCUGUGGUGAGACGGCGCCUAUUGAGCCAUUUUCUGAUUGGCUCGGAUUUCGUGCCAUGUCACUGCAGCCAAUCAGAAAGGCUCGUUGUACGAUCGGUGUUUGAGGUUUGAUUCCAGCGUUGACUUAUUUUAUGGAUGCAAAAAAACACUUCUCUGUACAUUUUACGCUUUGCUCCGACUCGUCAGUUCAGACAAAUUCUUGUACAAUUUCGCAACCUGUUAUUGCAUUUUUUUUAAUAUAGAUGACGCGUGUGGUGUGCUAAUA